AUGGGGACGCCAGGGAUGAGGGGGACGCCAGGGAAGAUGGGGACACGGUGGACGCCAGGGAUGAGGGGGACACCGGGGAAGAUGGGGACGCCAGGGAUGAGGGGGACGCCAGGGAAGAUGGGGACACGGUGGACGCCAGGGAUGAGGGGGACACCGGGGAAGAUGGGGACGCCAGGGAUGAGGGGGACGCCAGGGAAGAUGGGGACACGGUGGACGCCAGGGAUGAGGGGGACACCGGGGAAGAUGGGGACGCCAGGGAUGAGGGGGACGCCAGGGAAGAUGGGGACACGGUGGACGCCAGGGAUGAGGGGGACACCGGGGAAGAUGGGGACGCCAGGGAUGAGGGGGACGCCAGGGAAGAUGGGGACACGGUGGACGCCAGGGAUGAGGGGGACACCGGGGAAGAUGGGGACGCCAGGGAUGAGGGGGACGCCAGGGAAGAUGGGGACACGGUGGACGCCAGGGAUGAGGGGGACACCGGGGAAGAUGGGGACGCCAGGGAUGAGGGGGACGCCAGGGAAGAUGGGGACACGGUGGACGCCAGGGAUGAGGGGGACACCGGGGAAGAUGGGGACGCCAGGGAUGAGGGGGACGCCAGGGAAGAUGGGGACACGGUGGACGCCAGGGAUGAGGGGGACACCGGGGAAGAUGGGGACGCCAGGGAUGAGGGGGACGCCAGGGAAGAUGGGGACACGGUGGACGCCAGGGAUGAGGGGGACACCGGGGAAGAUGGGGACGCCAGGGAUGAGGGGGACGCCAGGGAAGAUGGGGACACGGUGGACGCCAGGGAUGAGGGGGACACCGGGGAAGAUGGGGACGCCAGGGAUGAGGGGGACGCCAGGGAAGAUGGGGACACGGUGGACGCCACCCCCCUAUAGCCCCCCCUAG